CAGUUCUCCGCGAAACGUCUUCAAGUUCACCCAUCCAGAUCACCGGUACACCAGUGACCUGCUCUCCAGCUUAACCAACAUCGUAGACAUCUCCACGCCGCGGCCGUCGAUAUGCCUCGUUCAUUUCUCAUCAAAAAACACUGUAAUCACAGUCAUCGGAAACAGAGUGGUAUCCUGCGUACAGUGUUCAAAGCGUACUAUGACGUGUCACCGCCUGUAGUCCUGAAACCAGAACCUGUCCAUAUUACGCCUAACGAGUAUUGGCGAUGGACGGAGAACCUGCCGAUCACUCCUGUCAUGCCCCAGAGUCAUCAUGACAGUUAUGACUUGAAACUUCACGACAUGACGCCACCUCCAUUACCCGGUACUCUUCCCGUAAUGAUUCAAGGAAUGACUCUGGAAAACCAUCAUCAUCAUCACCAUUUCCAUCCAUCGCCACCACCCCCACCUCCGCCACUGUCGUCAGCGUCGCCGACUUCCGCAGCGAUUGAGAACUUGAAACUUGGGAAAGGCAAACGCUCCAGUAACGGGGAACAUACGCGAUAUCAAUGCACAGAAUGUAGCAAGAGUUAUUCUACGUUCAGCGGUCUCACAAAACACAAGCAGUUCCACUGUGUGACGCAGGCUAAGAAGUCAUUCAGUUGCAAGUACUGCGAGAAAGAGUACCUGUCUUUAGGAGCAUUGAAAAUGCACAUACGCACGCACACUUUGCCGUGCAAAUGCAAAAUAUGCGGUAAGGCAUUCUCAAGACCGUGGUUACUGCAAGGACAUAUCAGAACGCACACCGGGGAAAAACCGUUCGCGUGUACAUACUGCAAUAGGGCAUUCGCCGACCGUUCGAAUCUUCGUGCACACCUUCAGACCCACUCGGAUGUCAAGAAAUAUUGCUGCAAAAGCUGCUCCAAGACAUUUUCGAGGAUGUCAUUGUUAACAAAGCACGAGGAGGCGGGGUGUUGUUCGGUGACGUCUAUAUGAAACACUAUACUAAAACAAUUACACUACAACUGACAGUCGUAAACUGAGUGCCACAGAUUUAUUUCAAUUUCUGCCAGAGACAUAUAGUACAUAUUUCAACUGCCAGAGUACAACUGAUAUAAUAACGAACAUUAUUAUAAGUGAUUUUGACAAGGAGGUCAUCAUUUGACUUCCCCCCUACUACUUACAUGUUAUAUUGUUAUUACACUGAUUUACUAGACAUUUCUUUUGCAGACACAAGCACACAUACGCUUAUGAAUAUCUGUAUUUAAAAAUCAAUCUAGUCAUCAAAUUGGCUAUUAAGAUUGAGUCGGGACUGGUUUAGUUUGGGGUACAGAUUAGAUACGCAAAAAGAAAGAGCAUAUCGGGAGUUUCAUCAGAAUUAAUACAGUUAAUAUGCAUUGAUAUACGGAGUGGUCGAUGUUUUAUUUACAUGUUAUUAACCGUGUAACAACAAUCAGAAAUUUGUGUAUUUUUUAGUGUAAUUCAGUCCUUGAGAUUAUGGUUCUGACUGAAGCCUGUCUAAUGUUUCGUUAAUAGAAGAUUCGGUUCGUACCGCCAACUGUUCAUUGUUAAUUUUCAACUCAUUAUAUGUAUCAACGCGAGCACUUGUAUAGCGACUCCCAUGGAGUAGCUCGGCUGAGAGUUCUUCCCUCCCCUGCACGGAAAUGAGGGAAACCUCCAUCAGCCUCGUUAGCUCAUAAUUGUGACAUCGCUUGGUAUCCAUAGCGAGCUACCUAGUGGUAAAUAUAGCAAUAAUUGCAAAAAAAAAAACUUAUAUACAGACUAAGCUCACCAAUGUCGUCGAGAUAUCAAGUAUUUUUACCUCUGAAAGAUGCCUUCCCACGGAGCUAAUGUAACAGAUCAUAUAAAUAUAUACGUGUAUAUAGAAAAUCUUACGCUUACAAAUAGUCAACUUUCACCCUUUAUAUUGAAAAGGGUUGGACAGCGGGAGAGAGAAUUUAUUUUGAUGUUUAAAAAUGAAAGAAAUGUAUUGUUUAAAAUUUUAUUAAAAUUCUUUAUUUUUUGUUGAGAUGUUGACGACGGGGGAUCACAGUGUCGAUCCUCGGCUUGUAUGUACCAUGCUAACGUUAUUGUAUUGGUAAUAAAUUAUUUGUAUCCAUGAA